AUGGGCAGAAAGAAUUCCAACUCUCACUGUUCUGAUCCAAAUGUUGUGGCUAUUCGUGACUGUGAUGCACCUGUACAGUACUCCAUUUGGGUGUCUUUCUUUGAAAUUUACAAUGAAUUCAUUUAUGAUCUGCUGGAAACUGUCCCUUUUGGCCAAACUCGGAAGAGGCAAACUUUGCGUCUCAGUGAAGACAAAAAUGGCAACCCCUACGUCAAAGAUUUAACCUGGAUAAACACCUGUGAUGCAGAGGAAGCCUGGAAAGUUCUGAAAAUUGGCAGGAAGAACCAGAGCUUUGCAAGUACCCAUUUGAAUCAAAACUCAAGUAGGAGUCACAGUAUUUUCUCCAUUCGCCUUUUACAUGUAACAGGGGAAAAGGACUUGCGUGUUUCAAAAAUCAGUGAGUUAUCCCUCUGUGAUCUUGCUGGUUCAGAACGAUGCAAAGAUCAGAAAUGUGGAGAGAGGAUGAAGGAAGCCACUAACAUUAACACAUCACUUCAUACACUUGGACGAUGCAUUGCGGCCCUCAGACAAAAUCAGCAGCAGAAACUAAGGCCUAAUGUGGUUCCAUUUCGAGACAGCAAGCUAACACGUGUAUUUCAAGGAUAUUUUUGUGGGAGAGGGAAGUCCUGCAUGAUUGUCAACAUUAAUCAGUGUGCCUCCACUUAUGAUGAAACACUCCAUGUCUUGAAGUUCUCGGCCCUUGCUAGCCAACUUGUCCAAGCACCUCCCAUGAAACUUAGACUUCAGUCCAUAAUACGGGAGCACAGUAUGAGAGGGAAUCGGAGUCUAGAUGAGGAAGUACUGGAGGAAGAAAGUGAAGAUGAAGCUGAUGUGUCUAUGUUUGAUAGAGAGUUUCGUGUCACAGUACUUUUGCCUUUGUGA